AUGUUCCCACGAGAUUUCGCGUGGGGAGCGGGAUCUGCUGCCUAUCAAGUAGAAGGUGGCUGGCAGGCAGACGGUAAGGGACCGAGUAUCUGGGACACGUUUUGUCAUGAGAAAGGCAGAGUGUUCGGGGAGCAGAAUGGAGAUGAGGCCUGCAACAGCUACGAGCUGUGGGAGAAGGACCUGGAAUGCAUCCAGCGGCUUGGACUGACGCACUAUCGUCUGUCUCUCUCCUGGGCCCGCCUCCUGCCUGAUGGGACGACGCGAUGUGUCAAUCAAAAAGGUGUACAGUACUACAACAAGGUGAUCGAUGAUUUGCUGGCCUGCGGUGUAUCACCCAUGGUGACACUUUACCACUUUGACCUGCCUCAAGCUCUUCAAGAUCAGGGUGGCUGGAAGUCGCCGGGUACAGCGACCCUGUUCGACUGCUAUGCCAAGUUUUGUUUCCAAACAUUUGGCGACCGCGUCAAACUUUGGAUCACCAUCAACGAGCCCUACGUGUGCGCCAAACUGGGGCACGAAGACGGCAUCCACGCCCCGGGGUUAAAGGAACCGGGGGUCGCCGCCUACCUGGCGGGCCACAACAUGCUGCGUGCCCACGCCAUGGCCUGGCACAGCUACGACACCUUCUACAGGGCAAAGCAGAAGGGCGCGGUGUCUCUGGCCAUCAACAGCGACUGGCUUGAGCCGUUGCGCACAGGUCGCGCCGAGGACAUCGCCGCCACUGAACGUCUACUUGCGUUCACGCUAGGGUGGUUCGCCUGGCCUGUGUUUGUAACCGGAGAUUAUCCAGAAAUAAUGAGAUCUGCGAUCGAUGCUCAAAGUAAGAAGUUGGGACGCGAUGGCGGCUCACGACUGCCCAGUUUCUCAAAGGAUGAUCCCGUCAUUUUGGGCACGGCCGACUUCUUUGCGUUGAACCACUACACGUCUCGUAAAGUCGAGCCGGGAGGAGGUUGUGGAGAGAUGUUGUGCAUGAAGAGCGACCGAGAUGCAGGAGAAGUUUUAGAUCCGUCCUGGCCUAUUUGCGGAGUGUCCUGGCUCGCUGUAGUGCCCCACGGCUUAAGGAAACUUCUCAAGUACAUCAAGGACACUUUCAACAACCCAGCGGUCUACAUUACGGAGAGCGGCUUCUCUCAGGUGGGGCCGCUGCAGAUUGAGGAUGUCCAGCGCGCAGAGUUCUACAAGGACACCAUCUUGGAAGUGGCUAAAGCUAUAGAAGAAGAUGGGGUCGACGUCCGUGGAUAUUUCGCAUGGUCACUGCUGGACAACUUCGAAUGGGCCGAUGGAUUCAGCGUUCGUUUUGGAUUGUUCCACGUGGACUUCACGGACGCAAAGCUAAGCCGAACUAUAUAUCAGUCUGGACGGGAGUAUGCGAAGAUCAUCUCGAAAUACAAAUGUGGUCAAUCCAGAUGAGAUGACAAGAUAAUAAAAGGAACAUUUGUCACUUUUUUAUACAUUUUUUGCAUUGUUUUUUGUCUGACACACAUUCAUACAGUCAAAAAGGCUUCAUUUAAUUGUAGAUCCAAAAUUUAAAGCACCAAUAUAGUAUCUUAAUUUCUUUUCAGUUUAGAAAAUAGUCAGGGUAAUUUAUAGAAAUUCUGACUUCAGAAGGGGACGUGAGGACAUGGUGUUAAGUUGUUUCAAUGGGAUGCAAAUUAGUAUUCUAUCCUGCCCAGUUCCCAGUCAAGCUGUACGAGGUGGUUUAUGGAGAGAGGAGAGUUCCUCACUCAGAGGGACCAAAGCAGCUGUAAGACCAAGCUGCUGCAGGAGGAUGUGUGGGAAUGCAUUGUAUAUGUCAGUGAUUAGAAGCGAUAUUAAUCUUGAAUAACAACAUUGUUAUGUGUCUAACUACAUGCAUUCACAUUACGUGUGCUGCAAUCUUCUCCUUAAUUCUACCUGUGAGUGUGUCUUUGAUACGCAGCUACCGUGAUGAAUCUGAAAAUACAUUGUAAUACCUUUCCAUUGUACUCUGGAAGUUUCCAUUUCAAGGUUAAGUGAAUACUGUAUUUUUUUGAAGUACAAGGGGAAAGUAAAUUAUACAGUCCAUUUGGUCAUCCCUUUUUAUAUUCGACACAAAACUCCUGCACCACCUCACCUCAUCACACUGGGAAGAAACCCAUCAAAAACUCAGCUAUCAGAAUGCCGCCAGGCUGCAUAAAGCACACUCCAGUAGACUCAGAAGGGGAUGCCAGCUGAAAGCAACAGAUGUCCUGCCACAGGAAGAGAGCGUAAUGCCAUUUGUGUUCCCCCGGACAGCUGUGCAAACUCUCUACUUAAAGAAAGAAAAGAGUGAACAAGGCGAAAAGCCUCCCGAAGGCCUUCUGUUGAUGCUUUGUGCAUGCUGUGGUUAAGGUGGGAUUAUUUAUAUGGGGUGCUGAACAAUGCACUGUAGGCUGAGAGAGCCAUUGAGUAUUUGACAUCAGUGUGUACAGGUGUGUCUAAAAAAGAAAGUGGCAUAUUGUAGAUCAUUUGUUGUGUUUUAGGUUAAAAAAUGAAGGAAAUCAACUUGAUUUUUGCUCUGAUAAGUAAACAGAGAACCAGAUGAGCGGUCUCAUGGCACCUGUUUGUAAGCCUACAGUGCCACCUUGUGGUAUUAAAGGGAACUACAGCUUUGAA